CAGCAGCACUGCACUGCCACAUUCACCGGCAUCACGGCGACUUCUAAGAUUCGCCUAUGCGAUUGUCGUCCACGUUCUCUCUGAUACAACCCCUGAUUCCAAUACCCAAGGUCACAAAUUACUUCAGCAACCUCUCUGGUUGAUCGCCGAUCUCCUUUCAACAGUCCCGGGCAUCACCACCCUUGUCUUUUGGGACAUCUAUUCUGAUCAAUCUGCCCACUAUUAGAGCAGUGACAGGGGGAACAGCCCUGUUCAUGCAAGCCCAACAUGGGCAUCAGCAGGCGCCCGAAAGAUAAGUCAGGCCAGGCAGCCCACGCUGGCAGUGGACAAGCGCAAUCAGCCAGCGGCGCAAAGCCCAAGAAAGCCACCUUCGAGACGACCAAGAAGAAGGAGAUAGGUGUUGCAGAUCUGACAUUGCUCAGCAAGGUCUCGAAUGAAGCCAUCAACGAAAACCUCAAGAAGCGAUUCGAGGGUCGCGAGAUCUACACAUACAUCGGCCAUGUCCUGGUUUCUGUCAACCCCUUCCGAGACCUCGGUAUCUACACCGACCAGGUCCUCGACUCUUACAAGGGCAAGAACCGCCUGGAAAUGCCGCCGCAUGUGUUCGCCAUCGCCGAGUCCUCGUACUACAACAUGAAGGCCUACAAGGAGAAUCAGUGUGUAAUCAUCUCGGGCGAGUCAGGCGCGGGCAAGACUGAGGCGGCUAAACGCAUCAUGCAAUACAUUGCCAACGUGUCUGGUGGUGAGAGCGGGGACAUCAAGCAGAUCAAAGACAUGGUGCUGGCCACCAACCCGCUACUCGAGUCCUUUGGAAAUGCGAAGACGCUGAGGAACAACAACUCGUCACGGUUCGGCAAGUAUCUUCAAAUACACUUCAAUGCAAAUGGCGAGCCGGUCGGAGCAGACAUCACCAACUAUCUGCUGGAAAAAACCCGGGUCGUUAGUCAGAUUGUGAACGAGCGAAGCUUCCACAUCUUCUACCAGUUCGCCAAGGGCGCAUCGCCGGAAUAUAGACAAAACUUUGGCAUUCAGCAACCAGAAACCUACGCAUACCUCAGUCGGUCGAAAUGCUUCAAUGUCGAUGGAAUCGACGACCUUGCCGAGUUCAAGGACACACUAGAUGCUAUGAAAGUCAUUGGCCUGUCUCAGCAAGAGCAAGAUUCAGUGUUCCGUAUGCUUGCUGCAAUUCUGUGGGCUGGAAAUAUCUCCUUUAUUGAAGGGGAUGACAGCUUCGCGCAAGUGGCAGACCAGUCUGUCGUCGACUUUUUGGCAUACCUCCUCGAGGUCACGCCAGCUGCAUUGGUCAAGGCCAUCACCAUCCGCAUCUUGACUCCGCGAAGUGGUGAGGUGAUCGAGUCUCAAGCCAAUGCUCCUCAAGCAACCGCAACGAGAGACGCGCUGGCCAUGGCCAUAUACUACAAUCUGUUUGACUGGAUUGUUGGAAGGAUUAACCAGUCCUUAAAGGCAAAACAAGCCACUUCGAACAACAUCGGCAUUCUCGACAUUUAUGGAUUCGAAAUCUUCGAGAAAAACAGUUUCGAGCAGCUUUGCAUCAACUAUGUCAAUGAAAAGCUACAACAGAUCUUCAUCCAGCUGACACUGAAAGCAGAGCAGGAUGAAUAUGCUCGCGAGCAGAUUCAAUGGACUCCGAUCAAGUACUUUGAUAACAAGGUCGUAUGCGACCUUAUCGAGCAAGUCAGACCUGUUGGUGUCUUCUCUGCCCUGAAGGACGCGACCAAAACAGCGCACGCUGAUCCUGCCGCCUGUGAUCGUACCUUUAUGCAGAGUGUCAACGGCAUGAGCCAUGCUCAUCUUACUCCGCGCCAGGGAAGCUUCAUUAUCAAGCAUUACGCUGGCGAUGUGAGCUACACUGUUGAAGGUAUUACCGACAAGAACAAGGAUCAGCUCCUCAAGGGUGUACAAGCUCUCUUCCAGCAAAGUCAAAACCAGUUCGUCCACACCAUAUUCCCUCAGCAGAUGGACCAGGACAACAGAAAGCAACCUCCUACGGCAGGUGACAGAAUCAAGACCUCGGCAAAUGCCCUGGUGGACACUUUGAUGAAGUGCCAGCCCUCGUAUAUCCGUACCAUCAAGCCCAACGAAAAUAAGUCUCCCACUGAAUACAACGUACCAAACGUCCUCCACCAGAUCAAAUAUCUCGGUUUGCAAGAAAACGUCCGAAUUCGACGUGCUGGUUUCGCAUAUCGUCAAGCAUUUGACAAAUUCGUGGAGCGUUUCUUCUUGCUGUCACCAGCGACAUCGUACGCUGGAGAAUACACCUGGCAAGGCUCAGAAGAAGCGGCCGUGAAGCAAAUCCUGAAGGAUACAAGUAUCCCGAAGGAAGAGUGGCAAUUGGGUGUGACGAAAGCCUUCAUCAAGUCUCCCGAGACGUUGUUCGCUUUGGAGACGAUGCGCGAUCGAUACUGGCACAACAUGGCCACGCGCAUCCAAAGAAUGUGGAGAGCAUACCUUGCAUACCGAGCCGAAUCCGCGACGCGUAUUCAACGUUUCUGGCGCAAAAAGAGGGUGGGUGCCGAGUACCUGCAACUACGAGACCAGGGUCAUAAGGUGCUCCAGGGACGCAAGGAGAGACGCAGGUUCAGCUUGCUGGGGUCCCGACGGUUCUUGGGAGACUACCUGGGUAUCAAUGCCACGACUGGGCCCGGUUCCCAAAUUCGCAAUGCGUUGCAGAUGUCGGGUAGCGAGAAGACCAUUUUUUCGUGCCGUGGAGAGGUUUUGGAACAUAAAUUUGGUCGAUCAAGUAAAGCCAGCCCUCGUAUCUUCGUAGUGACCAACAGCAAGCUCUACAUUGUUGCGCAGGCUCUCGUCAACCACGAGGUGCAGGUUUCUCUUGAACGUACGGUACCGCUCGGCGCCAUCAAGUUCAUUGGCACCUCGUCUUGCAGAGAUGAUUGGUUCUCACUCGGCAUAGGCUCACCGCAGGAAGCGGAUCCGCUGUUGAACUGCGUCUUGAAGACGGAAAUGUUCACUCAAAUGCAGCGAGUCAUGCCUGGUGGCUUCACCCUCAAGAUUGGUGAAUCAAUUGAGUACGCCAAGAAGCCAGGCAAGAUGCAACUUAUCAAGGUGAUCAAGGACUCGCCACAACCCGUCGACUAUUACAAGAGUGGUGCGGUGCAUACCCAGCCAGGAGAGCCUCCGUCUUCGGGAUCGCGGCCAACGCCGAAAGGCAAGCCUGUCCCUCCCCGACCCAUCACGCGUGGCAAACUCAUCAAGCCUGGUGGUCCUGGCGGUCGACCUUCACGAAUUCAAAACGCCCGACCCACGGCCUCUUCCACCACCAAGCGCGGCCCAGCUUCCCUCCAGACGCCACGUCCGGUGCCCACGCCUGCUACUGUCACAAGUAGUAUCCCGAGUCAUACACGCAAUCAAAAUUCUGCCUCUUCAACUUCUCGUAUGCCGCCCCCGCCGCCACCAGCUGCACCGCCAGCGAAGGCCAAAAUGCAAGCCAAGGUUCUGUACGAUUUUGCCGGGCAGAAAGAGAACGAGCUUACAGUCAAGGCUGGCGAUAUCAUCGAAGUCGUCCAGAAGGAGAACAAUGGUUGGUGGCUAGCCAAGAAUGGCAAAGGUCAAGCGUGGGUUCCUGCUGCGUACGUUGAAGAGAUAACCGUACUUGCUCCGGCGCCAGCACCUCGAGCACCACCGCCUCCUCCAGCAUCCAACGGAGCUGCGGCAAGGAGUAAACCCACACCACCGCAGCCCCCGAUGAAGCGGCCAGCUGCUGCGAAAAAGCCUGCUGCUUUGCAGUCACGAGAUUCCGCCAUGAGCAUGAAUGCCAACGGCUCAGACAGCAGUCGAAGCAACACCCCCACACCUAGCAUCGCAGGGUCUCUUGCCGAUGCCCUGAAAGCUCGAAAGAACGCAAUGCAGAAGAAGGAAGCAGACGAAGACGACUGGUAGGGCACUGGCUCCUCAAACUGACGUGGGAUUCUGCCGAAAGGUGAAGUAUGGUGACCUGCGACUUGACACAUGUGCUCGUCACCAGAAUCACUACGAAGUUAUGUAUGUUAGAGUAGAAACCCACAGACAUCCCCAGCAUGAUCGUGGGCAACGAGGA